GCAUAAUCCAACCACAAGCAGUAGAUAAAAAUGGCCACUUUUUUGCAUCUGUACACUCCAUCUUCAUCUUCUUUUCUCACACCCGCAAAAGACACAUCUUUCAUGAAAACAAAGCCGUGUCUCCAUCAUAAUCACCGACCUCUCUUUCUAGCUUCAUCACACCCUACCGAAGCUGACCAAGAACUACCAGAGCCUAUCAGAACCCUUUGGCAAUGGGGGUGUGAUGAAGGAGUGAUAUCAAGGAAGACACCAGUGAGGCCAGGAAUUGUCCCGGAAGGACUAGGGCUGGUCGCCACCAAAGACAUUGGCAGAAAUGACGUCGUUUUGGAAGUUCCCAGAAGGUUCUGGAUCACUCCAGAAACAGUUGCAGAUUCAGAGAUUGGGAGUGUGUGUUCUGGGAUGAAUCCAUGGGUUGCUGUGGCUCUGUUCUUGCUUAGAGAGAAGCAUAGGGGUGAUUCCAAGUGGAAAUCUUAUCUUGAUGUCCUCCCAGAUUGCACCAAUGCUACUGUUUUUUGUGCAGGUCAGAAGAGGAGCUUGCUGAACUUCAAGGGACCCAGCUAUUAAGCACGACUAUAGGUGUCAUAGAAUAUGUGCAAACUGAAUUCCAGAGAGCUGAAGAGGUCAUACUUCGAAACAAACAGCUUUUCCCUUUCACUAUCACAUUGGAUGACUUUGUUUGGGCAUUUGGAAUCCUCAGGUCAAGGGCGUUUUCCCGUCUUCAAAAUCAAAAUCUUAUUUUGAUGCCAUUUGCUGACUUGAUCAACCACAGUGGUAGAGUGACAUCAGAAGUCCCUGCCUAUGAAGUUCGACGAACAGCGGGCUUUUUCUCCAGGGAUUACUUAUUCUCUUUGCGAAGCCCCUUAGCAGCAAAGAAAGGUGAGCAGGUUUUCAUCCAAUAUGAUGUGAACAAGAGCAAUGCCGAUUUGGCUCUGGAUUAUGGUUUCACUGAUUCAAGUCCACAUCGUGAUGCAUUUACGUUAACGCUGGAGAUCUCCGAGUCUGAUGAGUUUUAUGGGGACAAGUUGGACAUUGCAGAAUCAGUUGGUUUAGGAGAAACGGCUUACUUUGAUAUAAAGUUAGGCAAACCUCUCCCCCCUCAAAUGCUUCCCUAUUUGAGACUGGUUGUACUUGUUGGUCCCGAUGCUUUCCUCCUUGAAUCAAUAUUCCGGAAUGCUGUGUGGGGCCACCUGGAACUGCCCAUUAGCCGUGCAAAUGAGUUGCUCAUGUGUAAAAUUGUCUGCGAUGCUUGCUCGUCUGCGCUUUCGGGAUAUAGUACCACUCUUGAAGAGGAUGAGAAGAUGAAAAAAGCAGGAAGCAUGAGUCCAAGACUGGAGAUAGCAGUGGAGGUAAGGGGAGGUGAGAAGAAAGUGUUAACAGAGACGAACAAUAUAUUUAGAGAGAGGGAAGAGGAACUGGACGACUUAGAAUACUACCAAGAGAGGAGGCUCAAAGAUCUUGGUCUGGUUGGUGAACAAGGCGAACUUAUCUUUUGGGAGCCGCCUCAAAAAUAGAGGACACCACACCUGCGCGAAUCUCAUCUUAUUUACAGUUUACUUUGCAAAUCAUUUUUCAUGUCCGAAAAGACCAAAUGGCACAAAUGCACAUUAUAUUAUACAGUAUUCAUUCUGUAUUAGACAAUCAUUUUAAUCUUUACUGUAUAAUAUUGAGUUAUGAAGAAUAAAUAGUUUCCGCGUAAUGUAAAUGUCAUCAUGAUUGAAAAAAAUCCUGAAUAGAAUUUUAUUGUAAUUUCAUCAUAAAGUUUUAAUU